AAAUAUAAAACAAUUAAUUAUUAAUUAAAAAUAAUAAAUAAAAUUGUGUACAAUUACUCAAACUAAUUGCUGUACAAAUAUAUUAUGUAUGAAAAGUGUAUGUUUCUUAACUUUAAAAACAGCUGAACAACCAAUACUUUCUAACGGAAUAACUCAUAUUAGCUCUAAAAAACUCAAACUGCAAUUACAGCGCAAACUAUUCUAAGGUGAAAUCCCAAUAUCCCAACAACAGAUUGUACAAAAAGUAAAAAAAAAACAGAAAUUACAAAAAACCACCACCUCCCCCCAAGCAAUAAUAUGCCAAAGAGACAGACAUUCUCGGUGUAAAUGGAAAACAGUGAACAACAGCAACAAAAAUUGUUACAACAGAAAUUAAAAUUACAAAAAAAGUGCAACAACAAUAAAAAUUAAAUUUUAAUUAACGCAUGUGCCGCACAAAACAAAAAACCUGUAAUUAACUGAGAAUACAACAACAAUAGCAAAGAUCUACUACCGAAAAGAAAAGACCAACAACCAAUCAUCAACUGCAGCUGCAACAACAAAAUUGAAAGUGAUUGAAAUUUGCCAACAGCAAUCCAUUCACAAAUUAAAAAGAUUUCCUUGCACCAAGUGUCAGUUGAGUUGGGAAAAGUUUAAAGUAAAAAACUUCAUAAAGUAAAAGUGCUUUAACACACAUCGAUUGAUUGGAGACAACUACAAAAGUACUUGCCCAAGAACACAAAGGACGUUAUUAUAAUGAUUUCGAUUCAAUGUCCUUUACGAUGGUAAAAUGUUAGAUGCUGGUAUGGCUUACGGGCAUUAUUGUCCACCAACAUUGCAUCAGCGACAAGUACAGUCAUCAAGGCUAACAACAAGUACAACAACAACUACUACCACCACUACCACUGCUCUUUAUUGUCCAUUUAACAACAACAACAACAAGAAUAACAACAUCAGUUGGAAUACUAUAGAACAAGCACAUCAACAAUAUUUGGAUCACAAGCACAAGCAUCGGCCCCAUCAGUUUCCUCCACAAUUGAAGCGACGAAUCAGAAGCAGCAGCUGGCGUCAAGCAACAGCAGCAUACGUGCCAUAGAAACUUUCUGCAAAAAUGGAUAAAAGUUUUUAUUUGAAUUCGAAUUUAUCAGCAUCAAAAGUUAAAUGUUACCGUAAUUCAUGGUUACAACAAACGAACACAAAACUACUGUUAACACUGGUAGUCAAUACAUUUCAACACCCAUCAUUGAAUUACCGCCAUGAAUGAAACAGAGUGUGAGAGUCUAAUAAAGUCGGUAAAAUGGACGGAACCAUCGAAUUUGAUCUCAUUAGCGAUACUCGAAUUUAUCAAUGUUUUAGUAAUAGGAGGAAAUCUGCUCGUCAUCGCCGCCGUUUUCUGUUCGAACAAAUUGCGCAGUGUUACGAAUUUUUUCAUUGUAAACUUGGCGGUGGCCGAUUUGUUGGUGGGUCUGGCGGUGCUACCGUUUUCGGCUACAUGGGAGGUGUUUAAGGUUUGGAUUUUCGGUGAUGUCUGGUGCCGCAUUUGGCUGGCCGUUGAUGUAUGGAUGUGCACGGCAUCAAUAUUAAAUCUGUGUGCCAUAUCUCUGGAUCGUUAUGUGGCGGUUACAAGACCGGUUACUUAUCCCAGCAUUAUGUCUACAAAAAAGGCCAAAUCUCUAAUUGCCGGCAUAUGGGUAUUAUCGUUUGUCAUUUGUUUUCCACCUUUGGUGGGGUGGAAAGAUCAAAAGCCAAUGGCAGAACCAACAUACACCAGGGGAAAUUAUACGCUUUAUUAUGCCACUAGUACAACAACAGUUGCAAAUGAGCCCUCAUCAGUAACAACAUCAUCAUCGCAAGUGUCGUCGUCGUCUUCAUCCUCCACAUCAACAUCAGCAUCAUCGUCCUCGAUUCGGGUGCCACCGGCAGCACCACCCUUCAUUUCCACAUUUUCGUCCAAGUUUUUACACCGCAAAAAUCGCCACAGGCCAAUGUCUGCCACAGCAUCUUCCCAUCUGCCACCUGUAACCACUCAUGACUGGCUGGUGGAGCCACAGGCUUCCUACCCAGCAUCGGCAUUAGCCUCAGCACCAUCAUCAUCGUCGUCCUUCUCAUCCAUGUAUAAUUCAUUUAAUCCCUACGAUCCAUACCAUGCCCACUUAGUAACUAAGAAGAUUGCGAAAAAUGUAAAUAAUCACAAUGUCAACAGAAUGGCUGCGGCGGCUAACAUUGUAGCCGAUGAUUAUGCGAUGGACGGCGAGGAUACUACAUACGAUGAGCAUAAAUCUCAGGCAGAUGAUAGUGAAGAAUAUGGCAGAUUUGAUGCCAGUGGCGAGGAUAGCUCAGCCAGCUUUUCCAAUGCCAACUAUGAGACAUAUAGCAGGGAGCAUGUUACGGAUGACGACUAUGGACCAUCAUCGUCCACCAGCAGCAGCAGCAGUAGUAGUGCCAUCACCACCACAACCACCAGCGGCAGAAGUAGAGCCACUAAAAUCCCAUCAACAACAUAUGACUAUGUGGACUCGUUGCCUCUGUCAUCACCAUUACCACCACCGCCGCCACCGCCACUAACACCUCCUCCGCCCUGCCCAUGGAAAUGUGAGCUAACAAAUGAUCGCGGUUAUGUUCUCUACUCCGCCCUCGGCUCCUUCUACAUACCCAUGUUUGUAAUGCUCUUCUUCUACUGGCGCAUUUAUCGGGCUGCAGUGCGCACCACACGAGCCAUUAAUCAGGGAUUUAAAACCACUAAGGGUUCCAAGGGCAUUGGAUCACGUUUCGACGAACAACGUUUGACACUGAGAAUACAUCGUGGCCGUGGCUCUAAUCAACAUGACUCCACACACAGCAACGGCAGCACCCAGAGUACAACAACGACCCUGGGCACCCCCUCGCCCGAGCGCAUGAGUAAAUACUCCACCCGCCGAUUGCACCAGCACGAUAAAAUAAAGAUUUCCGUCUCGUAUCCAUCCAACGAUAAUAUAUCGGAAAUGGCCCAGCACGUACAUGAGACGGCUAAUGUAAGUCACAGCCAUAAUCAGCACCAUCAUCAUGAACGAGGACGUACGGCCUCGGCCAGCGGAGGUAACAUGCUGUUUGCCGUCCAUUAUGGCACACAAAAUGGUCGUGAUUGCACCGAGACUCAAUUGUACCGGCAUCAACAUCACCAGCAUGGAGGCAAUUGUUUUCUGCAGGUGGGCAAAUCGAUGCCUGAUAUGAUGCGCAGAAGUUCGAACAGCAGCGAUAACCAGCAAAUGUUGCAGACACGGCCGAAUAAAAAAAUGGGCAAACGUAACAUAAAGGCCCAGGUGAAACGGUUUCGCAUGGAGACGAAGGCGGCCAAAACGCUGGCCAUCAUUGUGGGCCUCUUCAUAUUCUGCUGGCUGCCUUUCUUUACAAUGUACAUCAUACGACCGUUUUGCCAGGACUGCAUCGAUCCGUUGCUGUUCUCCAUACUCUUUUGGCUGGGCUAUUGCAACUCGGCCGUGAAUCCCAUGAUUUAUGCCUUGUUCUCCAAAGAUUUUCGGUUUGCCUUUAAACGUAUCAUCUGUAAGUGCUUUUGUUCGGGCAAAUCGAUAAAUUUGAAAACGUCACGACGUGGCAGUGAUAUGUCAGCCAUACGCAUAAGGGGACGAACGCCGAGCAUUACGCCCAGUGCGGCGGCCCAUUCGUUCGGCGAUGAGUCGGAGUACCAUCACAGCGAUCACAGUGAGCACAGAUGACCCUCGUUCGGGCCCACCAAUUCCAGUUCACAGAAUAGCUUGGGGGUCCGAAAGUCCAGUUUGAAAGUUCCUGUUUAUGAGAUUUGUCAUCCUUUGGUAAUGGAUAUUGGGGGAGGCGGUGGUGGUGGUGGUGUUGGCAGCGGCAACGCAGCGUGCAGCAAUGCCAAUGGUAAACGAACUCCAUUGUAGCCAUUAAUGGAAAUGCAGUGUUUUAGUUCGUCGGACAAUGGCGCCACCGUCCUUCAAACCGUCGCUGAAAGCAAUAGUCGUAGUGUUAGUAUAAAAACCUUGUGUAAAGAAAGCAAAAGUAAAAGGGGCAGGGCAAUACGCUUAAAGUAAAUAUCUAUAGACAAACAAAUAAAACAAAAAAAAAACAUCCCACACCAACUACAACAAAAUGAACUAGGGAAAAAUGAGAAAAAAACGAUAUUUAUAGAAAACCCAGCAGUACUCAUCAACAUAAACAACAAAGAAUUAAUUAAAACUUUGUAUGUAAGUGUAAUUAACUAAUGACAAACUUAAUUAAGAAAUUACAUUGCAUACCCCUGCUAACCCUUUUUUUCUCAAUGCGAUUAUGCUUAUUAAAUUAAAAAGGGGGAGGUUAUUUUCCAAAUUAUUCUUCAAACGAACUGCAAUAACCUUAUUUUAUUGUUUUUUUUUUUUUUUUUUUUUUUGUGGUCUUAUUGUCGCAGAAGUAUAAGAAACCUAAAUAAGAAAAUGACACCAUAUUUAUUAUUAGAUAACAUAAAUAAUGAUAAUAAAAAAUACACACAGACAUAAAUUGAAAGAAAGAAACUCUUAACUAGGGACAACAAAUAUAAUUAUAAUGCAAUACAAAAAAA